AUGGCGGAUUCGACAAGGUUCGAAGUGGAGAAGCUCAUCGCAUAUGGCCACGAACUUGUCGACUUCCUGAGGGACGACGGGGACAACAUCACUCUCAAGCAAUAUUUCCAGCAAGCCCAAUCUCUCCACUCCCGUGCCCACGCCGAUUUCAACGGCCUGCAACGUUCCAUACAAGAAUGUCAAACAAAGCUAGAAAUAUGCAGAAGCAAAACUACAGAAUCAAAUUCCACUGUAGUUGCAGAUGAAGAAUCAGAUUUGCUAGCCAAGGAGCUGGAAGAAAGAGAACAUCAGCUGAGGGAUGAGCUUAGAUAA